ACGAAAAAUAGCUGCGCAAGCGCAUUCAUUAAAAAAAUCCGGCUGCAGAUUUACCCAAACAUUAAUAAACUCUGCAUACUAAGAAAGUGUAUUAAGUCAGUUGUAAAAACGUCAGAAAAUACAAACCCUUUACAAUGGCGAGCGUAUCCUACCAUAUCGCCAAUCUUCUUGAGAAGAUGACGUCUAAUGACAAGGAUUUCCGAUUCAUGGCCACAAAUGAUUUGAUGACAGAGCUACAAAAAGAUUCAAUUAAACUGGAUGAUGACAGCGAAAGAAAGGUUGUCAGAAUGCUGUUAAAACUUCUUGAAGAUAAGAAUGGAGAAGUGCAAAAUUUAGCUGUCAAAUGCCUGGGCCCCCUGGUGAACAAGGUGAAGGAGUUCCAGGUGGAGACCAUAGUGGACACGCUGUGUAGCAACAUGCUGUCAGACAAGGAACAGCUCAGGGAUAUCUCCAGUAUAGGUCUGAAGACUGUGAUCAUAGAGCUGCCCCCCUCAUCCACGGCCCUGGCUGCCAGCAUCUGCAAGAAGAUCACCGGUAGACUCACCAGCGCCAUCACCAAGCAAGAAGACAUGUCCGUGCAGCUGGAGGCCCUGGAUAUACUUGGGGAUCUCUUGAGCAGAUUUGGAGGUCUGCUGAUCAGUUUCCACCCAACCAUUCUACAGUCCCUGCUCCCACAGCUCUCCAGUCCCCGACUGGCAGUCAGGAAGAGGGCCAUCAUCGCUAUCGGGUUUCUGGUGAUGAGCUGCAACAACGCCCUGUUUGUUGAGUUGAUAGACUUCCUGCUGUCCUCCCUGGGCAAGAAUAGCAGCACAUCCACAACACGCACAUACAUCCAGUGUGUGGGAGCCAUCAGUCGGCAGGCCGGCCACAGGUUUGGCUGGGCCCUGGACAAGAUCAUGCCCCUGAUCAUCAAGUUCUGCAGCCUGGAGGAUGAUGAGCUCAGAGAAUACUGCCUGCAGGCCUUCGAGUCCUUCGUGAGACGAUGCCCCAAGGAGAUCUCACCAUUUGUAGGAGAUAUAAUAGAGAUCUGUCUGAAGUACAUCUGCCAUGACCCAAACUACAACUAUGAUGAUGGGGUGGAGGACGCAGAUAUGGACAUGGAUGGAGAGGAGGAGGAGGAGGGAGAGGGUUCAGAGGAGGAGUACAGUGAUGAUGAUGACAUGUCCUGGAAGGUGAGACGUGCCGCAGCCAAGAGCCUGGCAGCUGUCAUAGCAACCCGGCACGAGAUGCUGGCAGACUUCUAUAGGGGCGUAUCACCAGCACUCAUUGCAAGAUUUAAAGAGCGUGAGGAGAACGUGAAGGCGGACAUCUUCCAGGCGUACAUCACGCUGCUGAGGCAGACCCGCCCCUCUGUCACAGCAGACCCCAACGCCAUGGAGCAGGAGGAGGGGCCUGUGCUGCUACUGCAGGGUCAGAUACCGGCCAUUGUGAAGGCCAUACACAAGCAGCUGAAGGAGAAGUCUGUGAAGACCCGCCAGGGCUGCUUCUCCCUCCUCACAGAGCUGGUCAUGGUGAUGCCUGGGGCACUGAGGGACCAUCUGCCCAUGCUGGUACCUGGCAUACAGUAUGCACUUGGAGACAAGAACUCCACAUCCAACAUGAAGAUUGACACCCUGGCCUUCCUUCACUGUAUCCUUAGCAACCACAACCCUGUUGUGUUCCAUCCAUUCAUCAAGGUGUUUCUGCCACCGAUAGUUCAUGCAGUCAGUGACCCUUUCUACAAGAUCACAUCGGAGGCUCUCCUGGUCACACAGCAGCUUGUCAAGGUCAUCAGGCCCCUCGAUGUGGACGUUAAGAGCACAUUUGACUUCAAGCCGUACGUGAAGGAGCUGUACUCGUGUACCUUGAUGAGGCUGAAAGCUGCAGACAUUGACCAGGAAGUGAAGGAGCGUGCCAUCUCUUGCAUGGGUCAGAUGAUCCGUAACCUAGGUGACCAGCUGACCACAGAGCUGCGAGACUGCCUGCCCAUCUUCCUGGACCGGCUGAAGAAUGAGAUCACGAGGCUGACCACCGUGAAGGCCCUCACAAUGAUUGCCAGCUCACCGUUGAAGAUCGACCUGAGAGCAAUACUCACCGAGGGGAUUCCCAUCCUGGCAUCGUUCCUUAGAAAGAACCAGCGGGCCUUGAAACUGAGCACAUUGGCUUGCCUGGAUAUGUUGGUCAAGAACUGGGGCAGCUCCCUGACCCCAGAGAUGAUCUCAGACAUGAUGAAGGAGAUGCCCCCUCUGAUCAACGAGAAUGACCUGCACGUGUCACAGUUGACCCUGAACUUGCUGACGUCCAUCUCCCGUAUCCACAAGGGCUGCAUGUCAGCAGUGCCCCAUGAGAUCCUGCCCCAGAUCCUUGUGCUCAUCCAGUCCCCUCUGCUGCAGGGCGGCGCCCUCCUGGCCCUGCUGGACUUCUUCCAGGCCAUCGUGGGGCUGCCCAGCCUGGGCUUCAGGGAUCUGUUACAGAUGCUCAUUAAGCCAAUCUACGUGUCUGCCUCACACCAGUACACCCAGGGCUUCAGUAUACAUAAACAGGCGUUCCACUCAAUAGCGAAAUGUCUGGCAGCCCUGACUGUGAUGUCGCCCAAUGAGGCCACAAACGUGGUCAACCAGUUCAUCAGUGAUGUCAAGAAUCCCAAAUCCACCGACUCUAUAAGGCUGUUUGCUUUGUUGGCGCUUGGAGAAAUUGGAAAACACCUGGACCUGAGUGGUCAGUCAGAGAUCCAGGAUGUGAUCUUAGAAGCCUUCACCUCACAGAAUGAGGAAGUCAAGUCUGCAGCAUCAUAUGCACUAGGCAAUGUUAGUGUUGGGAACCUCAACAAAUUCCUGCCGUUUGUGUUACGAGAGAUUGAAAGUCAGCCCAAGCGCCAGUAUUUGUUGCUGCAUUCUCUGAAAGAGAUAAUCAGCUGUGAUUCAUCGUCUUCUUCUGGAGUGAACACUUUGAAGCCAUACGUUCAAACAAUAUGGAGCAUGUUGUUCACCCACUGUGAGUGCCCCGAGGAAGGGACCAGGAAUGUGGUGUCUGAGUGCCUGGGCAAGCUGACCCUGAUGGACCCCGCCAGCCUGCUAGCCAGUCUCAAACAGCACCUCACCUCACCGUCCGCCCUCACACGCAGCACCGUGGUCACUGCCGUCAAGUUCACCAUAUCAGACCAGCCCCAGGCUAUUGACUCUCUCCUCAAGGACUGUAUCGAGGAGUUCCUGCGCACUCUACAAGACGGCGACCUCAACGUGCGUCGGGUCGCCCUGGUCACGUUCAACUCGGCAGCCCACAAUAAGCCUGUCCUCAUACGAGACCUGCUGGACAAGAUGCUGCCUGAUCUGUAUCAUGAGACCAAAGUGCGGAAAGAGCUGAUACGUGAGGUAGAGAUGGGUCCAUUCAAACAUACACUGGACGAUGGUCUUGACAUCAGAAAGGCAGCCUUUGAGUGCAUGUACACUCUACUGGACUCAUGCCUGGACAGGCUGGACAUCUUUGAGUUCCUCAACCACGUGGAGGACGGACUGAAGGACCACUACGACAUCAAGAUGCUCACUUACCUGAUGCUGGUGCGACUGUCCAACCUAUGUCCCAGUGCAGUACUGCAGAGACUGGACAGGUUAGUGGAGCCCCUACGGGCCACGUGUACCACGAAGGUCAAGGCCAACUCGGUGAAGCAGGAGUUUGAGAAGCAGGACGAGUUGAAGAGGUCUGCCAUGAGGGCCGUGGCUGCACUACUGGCAGUGCCUGAUGCAGACAAGAGUCCCCAGAUGAAUGAGUUCCUGUCACAGAUCAAGUCCAACCCUGACCUUGCCUCCAUGUUUGAGAGUAUCCAGAAGGACGUCAUGGCAACACCCUCCGACACCGUUGUCAUGGAUACGAGCUGAAACCAUACCGUUGGUUGCUAGGUCCUGUUUCGAGGGAGGAAUUGUUAUGCAUGACAAGUGCUAUAGGAUGACAACCAGUGGUUAUGUUUGUAAUAUUGACUUACGAACAGGAUUGUAUAAUUAACAUUGCUUAUUAAAAGUAUUACAAACAAUGAACAAGUUAUGGUUCUGUCAGAUACUAUUAAUGUAGAAUGAAUAAUAUGGUGAUAAUUAUGAUGUUCAAAAAGUGCUAUACAAUAACAACUUCUGUUUAUAAUUUGUAUUUAUAAUAUUGAAGGUCAUGAUUGUAAUAUGGUACAAGCAAUCUGUCCUAAGUACUAGUGGUUAUAUUUGUAACAAUAUUGACUUGUAUUGCUUCUUGGGUGAAAGUAUUUUGCAACCAAUGACAUGUGUGUUCAAUGAAAAACAUAACUAACCAGUCCCCAUUCUAUGAGUGGUGAAAAGUGAUCUAUUAACACAAAGCGGGCUUAUAAAUUAAUAUCAAUAAAUAUGUAUGAGCGAGCAAGUUAUAUUGGGUGCAUUUGUGUAACCUGAAUUUGUGGGACUAUAUUCAAUACUUCAGAUUUGUGGGAUAAUUAUGCAUGAUUAUCCGUGGGUUCUUUAGCGUUCUACUUUUACACUUAACACAUGCAAGAUGAUUAAAUUUUCCAACUGCAGAAGGUUUAUUCAAGGGAUGGAAAGUAAAAUGGCUAAUGGAUGACUACUAGACAUGUUUAAGUGAUCUCUCCUCACUCUGUUUCUUUCGUUAGCCAAGAGUUCUCAUGACUUUAUCUUCAGCUUGUUUUCUCUUUAAAUUAAUAUGAGCAUCACUCUGGGAAAAAGGGGCUUAAUGCUUAUAUGUAAAGUGUCAUAAUAAGAAUAGCCUGUGCAGUCCACACAGACUAAUCAGGGACUACACUUUCCGUCUAGACUGGAUUUUCAUUAGGAAAGAGACUUCCUGUAAACAAAAAAGUCAAUGAAAGGGGAAAUGUCCCUGAUUAUUCUGUGCCGAUUGCGCAGGAUUCUCUUGGAAACACUUUACACAAAUGCGUUAAGGCCAAUUUUCCCAGAAUGAGGCUCAAAAAAUUUCUCUUCACUAUGACAUUUCUCUUGUGAAGCCAGACUUUAUUAUUCAGCUUUUGUGCUCAUCUUGGUAGUGAAUAUGUUUAUGUUUGUACAAAUCUUUGUUGGUAUCUGUAGUGCAUCAUAUGAAUUGUUAAACAAUGAUGCGAAUGGAAUAAUCUGAUGUGUAAACCAUAGAAUCUUAUCUUUUGUUCAACCAAAAAUGUUGUUAAAAUCAUGAUACGUUUGUUUUGCAAUUUAUUGUGUAGUUUCUUUAGAAAUAAAGAAACGUUUUAUAGUUCAUGAAUUAAAUGGCUUUAAACUACA